AUGCCACCAAGCAGUUGGUGUGAGGAGUCGGAGUUUCACUCCGCAGCUCAGGCUUUGCCUUGCCAGACGCUCGCCAUGGAACUCCUAGAGACCAACCCUUACUUUUUCACAGACCAACGGUUUUAUGAUGGGGAAAACUACUUGAGCCCCCGUUUACACAGCUAUGAGCAGACAGCCUACCAAGACCGAGCAGCUAUCACUCUGUGCCCUGAGGGCAGGGCUGGUCUGGAGGAGAAGGCCUCAGUCCUGCCAGACCACAGUCCUGGCCAGUGCCUGCCCUGGGCAUGCAAAGUAUGCAAGAGGAAAAGUGUUUCCAUCGACAGGCGCCGAGCUGCCACCCUCAGGGAGAAGCGCCGGCUGAAGAAAGUCAACGAAGCCUUCGAAGCUCUCAAAAGGAGCACUUUACUCAACCCCAACCAGCGGCUUCCCAAGGUGGAGAUCUUGCGCAGUGCCAUCCAGUAUAUUGAACGCUUGCAAGCUCUGCUCAGUACCCUCAACCAACAGGAGCGGGACCAGCGGGAACUGCGGUACUGUAGCACCAGCACCCAGCCAGUGGUGGCUAGUGACCAUGGACCCAGCAGCACCUCAUGUAGCCCAGAGUGGAGCACCCAGCUAGAGUUCAACACUCAUCCUGCAGACCACUUGCUGACUGAUGAUUCUUCUGAGGACCGCAAUCUUCACUCCCUGUCUUCUAUCGUGGACAGUAUUGCUGUGGAGGAUGUGGCUAUUGCGUUCCAAGAGGAGAGGGCUCCAAACUGAGGCUGCAGAAAACCAUGUCCAAGUUUCUCUCUCCUUUUUCUUUUUAAAGUCAUCACCACCAGCAGAUUGUAGGAUAGAAGAAACAUGAUACACUAGGACUUUACGAAUGGGAGAAGUUUUCCCCCUCACUAACACUGAUGUUUCAAAUGGGGAAAAAUUCCCCACUAACACUGGACAAUGCUUUAUUUCUCUACCCAAAGUCAUAGACUAUAAUGGUGAAGCCACUUAUCCAGUUCCAUAGGCCUGAAAAGUGUUCUGGUUUUGUUUUCAAAUUUAGAGACAAGCUACAGAAAAAGAUGCUGAGCAAUAAUUAUUUAUAUAUCUGCCUGGUUUCCAAAAAGGAAAAGUGACUUCACUGGCAUCUUAUGGAUUUCAUCUCCUCUGAAAACUGGGCUGGGAUUCACUGAUCAUUCGGAUAUAUUAUUGGGAACACUGAUUAAGGGUGAGAGAAGUGACACCACUUCCGUUUGUUAAGGAAGGAUUCCAGUGUGGCUUUCUGUUUUCUUCGUUUCUAAGUUUUGUUUAUUUGGGGGCCAAUGGAUUUUUCUUAUGGGUGUGUGCAAGUUUGUGUGUGUGGGUUGUUGCUGUUUUUUUAAAAAUGCUAUCCGACCAACUUCUUUUGGCAGUUUGCAAUUUCCAGGCACAGAAGCCAUAUAAAAUGCUGUCAAUGAAGUCUUUUCUACUGUGUGGAGUUGCCAUUUUUGUAUUUUUGCUAACUUAUUGUGAAAUAUUUUUUCAAAAUAAUAAAGGCAUCUUUUGUUUGAA